GUUGAGUACUCUCCAAAGUCCACCAUACCCCGCUGUCAACAGAAGCUGAGGCACAGUUCACAGGAUGGCGCUUUUGACCAAAAGCUUUAACCUUCUGAACAGGAGACUGGUGGGCGAGAUAGAGAACAAAUAUAUUUUGUUUCUGGCUUCUGGGUUCCACAAACUUCCUGCUCGCCAGUCUCUGCCCGUGGCCGUGCCAAGUGCGGAAGAUGUGCUGCCCCAAAACUCGAUCCCCCCGGCAGAAAAGCUUGAGAAGGACAAGAGAAUAAAGACCCUGGACGAGAUGCCAGGUCCCAGCACCAUGAGUAACAUCGUUGAGUUCUUCUGGCGGGACGGGUUCAGUCGAAUCCACGAAAUACAACUGGAACACAGUCAAAUGUACGGGAAAAUCUUCAAGUCGCGGUUUGGCCCGCAGCUGGUGGUGUCGAUCGCGGACAGAGACAUGGUGGCGCAGAUACUGAGGACAGAGGGCGUGACCCCUCAGCGGGGCAAUAUGGAGUCAUGGCAGGAGUACCGUAACCUUAGGGGUCGGUCAACGGGGCUUAUUUCAGCGGAGGGCGACGAAUGGCUGAAGAUGCGCAGUGUACUUAGACAGCUGAUCAUGCGGCCCCGUGACGUAGCGGCCUUCUCCGAUGACGUAAACGAAGUGGUGGCCGACCUGGUGCACAGAAUCCGCAACCUGAGGAAACAGCAAGAAGAUAGUCUCACCGUGCUCAAUAUCAACGACCUCUUCUUCAAAUACGCUAUGGAAAGUGUGGCCACGAUCCUGUAUGAGUGCCGUCUGGGCUGUCUGGAGGAGGAGAUCCCCAAGCAGAGCCAGGAGUAUAUUGCUGCACUGCACCUCAUGUUCAGCUCCUUCAAGACCACCAUGUAUGCUGGUGCCAUUCCCAAGUGGCUGCGUCCCGUCUUUCCUAAACCUUGGGAGGAAUUCUGCAGCUCCUGGGAUGGCCUGUUUAGAUUCAGUCAGAUCCAUGUGGAUAAGAGGCUGUCAGACAUCCAGAAGGAUAUAGCUGCAGGAAAAGAAGUGAAGGGCGGACUUCUGACACACAUGCUGGUCACUAGGGAGAUGAACCUUGAGGAGAUCUACGCCAAUGUGACAGAGAUGCUGCUGGCUGGAGUGGAUACGACCUCUUUCACCUUGUCCUGGAGUGCCUACAUGCUUGCACUUCACCCUGAGGUGCAGCAGCAGAUCUAUGAAGAGGUGGCGCAGGUGCUGGGGCAUGACCAGGUGGCAGUCGCCGAGGACAUCGCCAACCUGCCUCUCAUCCGAGGACUGGUGAAGGAGACCCUCAGGUUGUUUCCAGUUCUCCCAGGAAAUGGUCGGAUCACUCAGGAGGACAUUGUUUUGGGAGGAUACUUGAUUCCUAAAGGGACCCAGCUGGCUCUGUGUCAUUACUCUACUUCACUGGAUGAUGAGAGCUUUCCGAGUGCCAAUGAGUUUCGCCCAGAGCGCUGGGUACGGAAGGAUGCCAGCGACCGAGUGGACAACUUUGCCUCCAUCCCCUUUGGCUAUGGCAUCCGCAGCUGUGUAGGAAGGAGGAUAGCCGAGCUUGAGAUGCACCUGGCCCUCACACAGCUCCUCCAGAAGUUCCGCAUUGAACUGUCUCCUCUCACCGAGCCAGUGCAAGCCAAGACCCAUGGUUUGCUCACCCCUGGCAGCCCUAUCAACCUUAGGUUUGUGGAGCGGCAGUAGGCCCUGCUCCUUUCUUCGCCAUCUAGGCAGGGGCUGAUGACAGCAAAUGUCCUUGCUUUGCCUGUUCCACCCCUGUUUACAGGACAGGGGUACCAAUGUUUAUCUGUGAGGCCUGCAAACUUACCCUUCAGUCCCACCCAUAGCCUCUUACCCUUGUGCCGCCAUUGUUCCAGAGCCAGGAUCACUGGCCUAUGUACAGUUACAAGCUGAAUGAGCUCUAACAUGAAACUUUUAGCACAAGCUAUCUUGCUUUGACCUUGUAACAGUGGAAAACCAAGGAAACUGUCAGGCCCAGAGCUGUCAGUAGACAAACAUCCAGGUGCUUCUCCACACCCAACAUAAACUGGACACUCCCUGUUCUAACACCACAAAACUUUAUACUGUGUCAUUUUUUUGCAUUUCACAAGAUUACAUAUUGAUUAAACUUUGAUUGUUCUUUU